UUAUCAGAAAUAAACACCGGUGGCAGAUCAUUUUUCAUGAAAAUUUCACACGGAAGGGUGAAUUUUAUUAUGUUUUAAAAUUUAAAGACACAAUUAACUGGAACGUUGCAGUCGCGGCAGGGCGCUCAGUGGAGUACAGAACAUUCGCUCUAGAGAACCGCGGCCCUGCCAAAAAGAUCUGAAUGCAAAGAAUUUACUACGCGAGUAGUUUAAUUUGUGUUUAAAAUGUAUAUACUUUGAGUGUAUGGAUAUACUGCGCAACAGUUAAGGUUUAAGAAGUCAAUUAGUAAACGUAGUCGUAACACAAAAUCCGAAAAUGAAGCUUGCUAAGUACCUUCACGCGAUUUAAAACUCUGGUACCGUUAGUAGUAACUAGCUGUCUAAGUUGAUUGGCUAGCUAGCUAUAGAAACUGGUUAGACAGGCGGAUGACUUAUGUUUAUAGAUUAGAUCUCGUCCAAUUAGCCUAUAUUUCUAAUCCAUUAGCUGCAGUCUUGGCGUGUAACGUUAUAUUAUUGGAAUAGAGGCAAAACGUUGUAGCUAGCUAGCUAGCUAGGUACCUUGUUAACGUUCCAUGGCUUUCUGAGCGUGUAGCUUACAAACUCGUCACGGCUGAAAGUGGUGUUAAUGUAUAAUCUACAUGGUGAAUUCCCAGGUUACUGUAAAUAUCUUAUUGCACUUCCGCAACACCGGUUCGCUUAGCUAAGUGUGUUCGGAAAGAGGGUGGAACCGGAGCAACGUGUGGAGUUAGUUACGAUGAAGCGAUCCUGUUUUGCUGUAAAAGAGGGCGUCAGUAUGGGCUUCACAAUGGUAUAAAUUGGGGCUCUAAUGUCUCCGGAUUCGGCGCUUGUGUGAAGUAUGAAGCGGAUCGCCUGGCUGGCUACAAACAUAAACAGACGAAUGAUGAAGUUUCUCGUGGCUCUCGCUUUGAUUGCAUACAUAGCAUCUGUCUGGGGAACCUACACAAACAUGAGGUCCAUCCAGGAGCAAGGCGAAAUGAAGAUCGAACACAAGAUAAACGAGGCGGUCGCCCCUCUUCGGGAGAAGAUCCGAGAUUUGGAGCUCAGUUUAUCGCAGAAGUACCCUCCCGUGAAGUUCCUGUCGGAGAAGGACAGGAAGAGGAUCUUGAUCACCGGAGGGGCGGGGUUCGUGGGCUCCCACCUGACGGACAAGCUGAUGAUGGACGGUCACGAGGUGACGGUGGUGGACAACUUCUUCACCGGCCGCAAGCGCAACGUGGAGCACUGGAUCGGCCACGAGAACUUCGAGCUCAUCAACCACGACGUGGUGGAGCCGCUGUACAUCGAAGUGGAUCAGAUUUUUCACUUGGCCUCCCCUGCUUCCCCGCCGAACUACAUGUACAACCCCAUCAAGACGCUGAAGACCAACACCAUCGGCACUCUGAACAUGCUGGGUUUGGCGAAGCGGGUCGGGGCACGUCUCCUACUGGCGUCCACGUCGGAGGUGUACGGAGACCCGGAGGUGCACCCCCAGAGCGAGGACUACUGGGGUCACGUCAACCCCAUCGGGCCCCGGGCCUGCUACGACGAGGGCAAGCGCGUGGCCGAGACCAUGUGCUACGCCUACAUGAAGCAGGAAGGAGUGGAGGUCAGAGUGGCCAGGAUCUUCAACACCUUUGGCUCCAGGAUGCACAUGAACGACGGGCGUGUGGUCAGCAACUUCAUCCUCCAGGCCCUGCAGGGAGAGCCACUCACGGUUUACGGACCCGGGUCCCAGACCAGAGCCUUCCAAUAUGUCAGUGAUCUGGUGAAUGGUCUGGUGUCUCUCAUGAACAGUAACAUCAGCAGCCCGGUGAACUUGGGGAACCCAGAGGAGCACACCAUUUUGGAAUUUGCCCGUCUUAUUAAGAGCCUGGUCGUGAGUCACAGUCAGAUCCAGUUCCUCCCGGAGGCUCAGGACGACCCCCAGCGACGACGCCCAGACAUCCGCAAGGCCAAGAUGCUGCUGGGCUGGGAGCCUGUGGUGCCGCUGGAGGAGGGCCUGAACAAGACCAUCCAGUACUUCAGCCGGGAGCUGGAGCACCAGGCCAACAACCAGUACAUCCCCAAACCCAAACCCGCCCGCAUGAAGAAGGGCCGGCCCCGGCACUAGUGAAGGACGGGUCCCCCGGAGCCUCCCGCAUCCCGGGCUCCGAGACUUCUCCACCUCGCCCUCCUGCACCCAGACAGGCGGACACACCCGGGCCAGCGACAGGGAACUUCUUCAGUAAAUAAAAAAAAAACUAAAGAUGAGGAAGUGCUGGAGUCCUCACCGGCAGUUCUUUCUUAUUUAAACAAAACAAAACAAACAAAAAAACCUCACUGUUGCAUCCAGUGCUCGGGAGCCUGGUGUGAGGUCGUCUCGUGUUUUAAGUGUUUCUUUUUUUUUUUUUGGUUGUUUUUUUUUUUUUUUUUGUACAAGCUUUUUUCCGUUACAGAGUUCUUUGUGUGAUGUAGGAAUUAUUCAGCUUGGUUUUACAGUGACUUCAGAUGAUAAAGGCUCACUCCUUGGGCCUGUCAGAGACUCGUUGGGCCUGUCAGAGACUCGUUGGGCCUGUCAGGGACUCGUAGGACCUGGCCAGAGACUCGUGCGUUUGAAUCCCGUACUCUACGGAACACUGAACACUGACGCCUGCCAAGGAUUCCCGAAAUGUAUUUUGAACACUUUUACAGUCCUGUUCUAAAUUAUGUAUAAAUUCAGCUAAGUUAAGACGUAUGAAACUGAAGCGUUUGAACUCUCUGUUUUUCGACGGCGUUACGAGAGGAGUGAGUUCUGACGGGCGGAUUUCUGAGCAUGCUCCUGAGGAGAAUGAUUGUAUUGCUGACUACUUGGGGAAUACUCUGCUUAAAUAAAAUAUUGACAAAGAAA